UUACGGCCCGCUCAGUCCCGGCGGAGCUCUGAAGAUGGCGGCGGCUGCAGCGGUGGGAGGAAGAUCAGCUUAUUACGGGACAGAGGGCGGCCGGGCCCCCAAGCGACAGAAAACCGAAGGAAACGACGACAACGUGGCGGCCGCAGCGGAAGGAUACGAUGACCCUCACAAGACCCCGGCGUCCCCGGUGGUCCAUGUGAGGGGGCUGAUUGACGGGGUGGUGGAGGCAGAUCUCGCGGAAGCCCUGCAGGAGUUCGGCACCAUCAGCUACGUGGUGGUGAUGCCCAAGAAGCGCCAGGCGCUCGUCGAGUUCGAGGACAUCCUGGGCGCCUGUAACGCCGUCAACUACGCUGCCGACAACCAGAUCUACGUGGCGGGUCACCCGGCCUUCGUCAACUACUCCACCAGCCAGAAGAUCUCGCGGCCGGUGGACUCGGGAGACGAUUCCCGGGGAGUCAACAACGUGCUGCUCUUCACCAUCCUGAACCCCAUUUAUUCCAUCACUACGGACGUUCUGUACACUAUCUGUAACCCGUGCGGACCGGUCCAGCGCAUCGUCAUCUUCCGGAAGAACGGCGUCCAGGCCAUGGUGGAGUUCGAUUCCGUGCAAAGCGCCCAGCGUGCCAAGGCCUCUCUGAACGGGGCGGACAUCUACUCUGGCUGCUGUACCCUGAAAAUCGAGUACGCCAAGCCAACCCGACUGAACGUCUUUAAGAACGACCAAGACACCUGGGACUACACCAACCCCUCGCUGAGCGGACAAGGGGAUCCGGCGGGAAACCCCAGCAAACGGCAGAGGAAUCCACCGCUUCUAGGAGAUCAUCCGGCUGAAUAUGGUGGCCCUCAUGGAGGAUACCAUGGACAUUAUCACGAGGAGGCAUAUGGCCCCCCACCCCCACAUUAUGAGGGCCGCAGAAUGGGUCCACCACCUGUUGGGGCGCCCCGAAGGGGUGGGCCAAGCCGCUAUGGGCCGCAAUAUGGACACCCUCCGCCGCCUCCUCCUGAAUACGGCCCGCACGCAGAUAGCCCCGUGCUGAUGGUGUACGGGCUGGACCCCGUUAAAAUGAACUGCGACCGCGUCUUCAACGUCUUCUGUCUGUACGGCAACGUGGAGAAGGUGAAGUUCAUGAAGAGCAAGCCUGGGGCAGCUAUGGUGGAGAUGGCAGACGAGUACUCUGUGGACCGGGCCCUCACCCACCUCAACAACAACUUCAUGUUUGGCCAGAAGCUGAGCGUUUGCGUGUCCAAGCAGCAGUCCAUCGUGCCGGGUCAGUCCUACUGCCUGGAGGACGGCUCCAGCAGCUUCAAGGCUUUCAGCGGCUCCCGAAAUAAUCGAUUCACGUCCCCGGAGCAGGCGGCCAAAAACCGCAUCCAGCAGCCCAGCAACGUUCUCCAUUUCUUCAACGCCCCUCCGGAGGUGACCGAGCAGAACUUCCUGGAGAUCAGCGACGAGCUGGGGGUGAAGAAGCCGUCGUCCGUCAAGAUCUUUUCUGGAAAGAGUGAGCGGAGCUCCUCGGGGUUAUUGGAGUGGGAGUCUAAGAGCGACGCGCUGGAGACCCUCAGCCUCUUCAAUCACUACCAGAUGAAGAAUCCCAACGGCCCGUACCCGUACACCCUGAAACUGUGCUUCUCCACCGCCCAGCAUGCAUCCUAACCGGCGGGCGCCGCGCUCCUGCCACCGCUCAGUAUCUGCUCCUUGUAGAGACGCAUUUAUUUUUUUUGUUUUUAUAAGCUUUGGGAUUGGAGGGAUUGUGACUUGUGGGUUUUUGUUAUGUUCGUGUAAUUGUUUUGUGCUCGAUUGUUUAGCACAUUUCAAUAAAAAAUUGAGAGUAA